AGUCGUCGGGGAGCGCGCGAGUCGGUCGCUGUGGCGCACUGAGGCUGCUGCGCCGGCGAUUUUCUUUAUGUAAUGGUUGUUGCUCUACGUCCGGGGCUUGCGGUCUUACAGCUCAGCUGGGCUGUCUGUCGCCGACGUGUUGUGAAUGAGCCGCCGUCCUCGCCUUCUUCAUGACUGUUCGAUUUCAGCGGUCCUCAACAAGGAAUAAGACCCUCGCUGAAAUUACCCGUGGUUGAUACACAUUCUACAAUGAAGCCUCUGGAAACAUCUCUCGGAAGAAGAAACUACUCGCACAUGCGGUGUGCCGUGGCCGUCCUGUGGUGUGCACUCCUGCAACCGUCGCAGUUCUCCUCCGUGCAGCAGCCCUGCGCCUUCAACCGGCUCUGCCUGUGCAGCCACGAGGUGGUGCGCGACGUGGUGUGCGUCGGGGUACCGUUCUCCGUAUUUCCCACUACCAUCGGUGAAUGCGAGAACGGACAGGUGACGCUGGUUCGCUCGGGCCUCGAGGUGCUACAGAACGACUCGUUGGCAGGCACGCGGUUGUCUACGCUGCGGCUGAUGCACAACUCGCUGAGCCGCAUCCUGCCGUGCGCCUUUUGCGGCGCCGAGGACAACCUGGUCUCCCUCGACCUGAGCAACAACGCGCUCGCGCAGGCGCCAGUGCACGCAAUGCGCGGCCUGCGCCACCUGCAGUGGCUCAACCUGCAGUCCAACUGCAUCGACGACCUGCGCCGUGCGGACUGGCAAGAGCUGUCGCGCACUGUCAGCCUCAGGAGUUUGUUCCUCGGGGAAAACAACGUCAAGAUCAUCCGUGACGGCCUAUUCUCCAACAUGAGUGAGCUGGCGACCCUUGAGCUUGACCGCAAUCUGGUGUCCGAAGUCGCGGGCUUGCCAUUCCCAGAGUCUCUCACGCACCUCAGCCUGGCGCACAACCUGCUCGAGCAUCUGCCGCGGCAGGCCCUGUGCAACCUGCGCUCUCUGUCGGCUCUCUUCCUCGGUGGGAACCUGCUCAAGACAUUGCCGGCCACCUGGUUCUUGCCAACUCGCCACCUGGACCAGCUGGAUCUUAGCCGAAACCUCAUGGAUCAUCUGCCCGAAAAGCUUUUCAAUGGUUCGGUGUACGUGCGCGACCUGCACAUGGAGUUCAACUUCAUCACGGAGCUUCCAGUGGGCCUGUUCCGCAGCGUCUCCGUAGAGCGACUCUCGCUGGCCAACAAUAGGAUGGCGGACAUCGCAGAACACGUCUUCGGUGGCCUCGAGUCUGUUCUCAUCGUGCUCGAUUUGAGUUUCAACCUCUUCCGCCACUUCCCGUACGCUGCCCGUACGCUCGCGUCGCUUUCGGUGCUCUACCUUCGUGGCAAUUCUCUCACUUCACUUGAACCGGCUGACGUGCAAAGUUUUCGAGCCACGCUCGAAGUACUAGACCUCUCGGGGAAUCGGUUCGACCGUGUCCCAGCCAGUGCCUUACGGACAACCCAGCGCUUGAGCAGGCUAAGUCUGCAGGACAAUCGCAUACAAAUGCUCCACUGCGAAGAUUUCGAGUUGUGGGCUCGAAACUUGACAACACUCAGCCUGGCCAAUAACGGCAUCCGCAUCCUGUCCAAAGGCACGUUCGCGCACCUGCCACGGCUCAGGGAGCUCAAGCUGUCUUUCAACGCCAUCCACUCCAUUGACCACCAUGUUUUCCUGCCUCUGAGACCCACGCUUGAAGUCCUGGAGCUCAGCUCAACGUUGGGACAGCGCUUCCUGCCGUUAGAACUCAUUCGCCACAUGAAGCACGUCCAAUGGCUCCAGCUGGACCACAACCAGAUGCUUAACCUCACAGACUCGUACCUGGAGGGCUUGCCAUCGCUAGUGCACUUCGACUUGGAAGGUAACAUGAUUGGCCACAUCACUCCUGGAUUCUUCAAAGAGCCCAUUCACCAGAGGCUUAACAGGGUAGUGCUCGCUCAUAAUGACCUCAAUUCAGUGAACAGCGGCACAUUCAAGAAUCUGUCCAGGCUUGCAAAUGUUGUGCUUCUGGGAAACAAAAUACGCAUCCUUAGAAGCGGCGCCUUUAAAGAUCUUCCUGCGCUUCACAACGUCGUCUUGUCCAGAAAUAGAAUCAACACCAUAGAAGCGGGUGCAUUCAAUAAUCUCUCCCAACUUUCGAGCCUUUUUCUACAACACAACAACCUUACGUCAUUCAGCCUGGAUUGCCUCUACGGAUCAAGAAGCCGUGCUCUCCUCUUGAACUUGUCCCAGAACUCUCUCGUUUCACUUCACGCAGGAGCCGAUGUUCAAGAUUCGUCAUUCAAUGAGACGCAUGAUUACGGCGUGCAUACUUUGGAUGUUCGCCACAACCAGCUGGUUGAAAUCGACCACGGUUUCCUGGCCAGUGUGGGCUCUUCCUUACUAAAUUUAUUCGUUUCCAACAACAAAAUUUCAAGACUCAGUGGCAUCUUCAAUACACUCACCGUUUUGCAGACCUUCCACGCAGACCACAAUGCGAUUUCGAACGUUAGUUUCGGCGCUUUCCAAUGGUCUCCAGAGCUGCAGGUGAUCGUCUUGAGCGACAACCGGAUUGAAUCUAUCAACGAAUUCGCAUUUGGGAACUUGACGAGGCUUCGUGUCAUCGACCUCAGUCACAACCAGAUCGCCUCCAUUCCAGAGAAUGCUUUCGAGAACACGGCUCUCGAAAGGCUCAACCUCUCUUUCAACGGCAUGAUGCACUGCAACUCCAUCGCGGCGGUCAAAGGCACGCUGCGUGUCCUCGACCUGUCCGGUAACCGCAUCUCCAGCAUUGGCGCUCAUCACUUCGACGGUUUCCAUACCAUACUGGCGCUCAACAUCUCUCGGAACCAGUUAAUCGCCAUCGGUGAAAACUCGUUCGCCGGCCUGGGUCAACUAAUGAGCCUGGACCUAGCCCACAAUCCACUGUUUACUUUGAACAGAGCCUGUCUCUUACCGCUUAAAACUCUGGGCACUCUCAAGUUGAGAAACUGCAGCCUGGCCAGACUUCCGCCGUUCCACCUAAAAAGGUUGUUGACGUUAGAUGUGGCGGAGAACUUCCUGUUCAACCUGUCCACCGAUGCAUUCCGACACCUGAGGAGCCUGCGAGUGUUGGAUGUGUCCCGCAACCUGCUAGACACGAUGCCACGUCACCUGUGGCGGUUCUUGCCCCAGCUUCACUCGCUGGAUGUGUCGGGUAACCCGAUCUCCUCGUUGGCUACCGACAGCUUCGCCGACGCACAUGGUCUGCAGUCCCUGGACAUCAGGCGUCUGCAGCUGAAGUUCUUAGACCCCAGAGCACUGCACGGUCUCAGGUUCUUGAAGAGCCUUCGCACGACGAGCUACGGAUCGGUGCGUUCCUUCCGGCUCCAGGAGCUCGUGUCGCAGCUGCACUCGCUGCGUCAAGUGCUGGUCGAAGUGGAGGAACCGGUGCUUUCGCAUCAGCUGCAGUGGGCGUUCGGCGCCAAGCUCAGCGAACUAACAGUGACGGGUCGCCAGCUGCGCGUGGUGUUCCCUGAUGCUUUGCUCGGCUUACACGGUAGCCACGAGCUGGUGCUCCGGCUGACCGGCACCAGCAUCCGGCGCCUUCCCGCCGGCUUACUCCGCUACCUGGCCGACGUGCGCUACCUGACGCUCGACCUCCGCGACAACCUGCUGUCGUCCAUCGGGCCCGAGGUACUGAGGCCACCGGGUGGUGAAGACUGGAGGGGCACGCAGCACCUGGCCGGUGGCAUCCGGCUGGAGAACAACCCUUGGGUGUGCGACUGUCAGCUGCUGUGGCUGAGCCGCUGGCUGCGGCGCUGGCUGCGGGAGACUCUGCGCGUCCAGAUGCUCCACUUCGACGCCGCCAUCUACGUGCAUAACCUGGCCCGAAAGAGUGAGUGCACUUACCCGGAGGGACAGCUGCGCAAGCCGCUCAUCGACCUCCAGGAAGACGACUUCCGGUGCACGUCGUCUGCCGGCCACAUCGUAACGCCCAGUCGCAUCUUGACGUUCGUAAUGAUGGUGCUCAUUUCGACGCACUCAACCGAAGAAUGACGUGUGUCCGCACUAUCUCCCAAGCAUGCUCUGCAGGUUAGCAAUUUUGUGGGUCUGGUGUUUGGCGAAUGACAGCACGGACGGUGACUUGUGCUCAUUGACGCUGCCUCCAGCCUUGAGCCGAAAUGUGGGUGUGUCUUGACGUGUGCCUUUGGGCGUAGGUGCGAACGUCAGAAUACUAAACCCUGUACAGGAGCGGAGACCCAAGCUCACGACAAUCGUUGCCAAAGAGGUAGGUGAUGUGCAUAAGCCCUUAAGCAUCGGCCAGCGCUUCCAAUAGAACGUUUGUGUAAUGCCUUGAGUGAUAUUUGCUCGUAUUGCGGCUAGUGUUUGUGAGACUACUUCGGAAGCGCUUGUACCCGAUGCCAGAUUUAACACCAGACGAGCGCAACGUCCGCUUAUCUCGGCUCCCACCGAUGGUAAGAGGGCCUUCUAUCCAAAUGCAUGUGAAUCGUUUUGUCCGGCAACCACUGAACAAAUUUAGAAAGUGUAACCUGGUACUUCAAGGACAAAGGUGGCAUGCUAUAACCCUAAAGUAUAAGGACGCGAAACAAAUUGAUCGAAGUAACGCCAGUACAGUAAAGAUGAUCACACAGUUUAUUCAUAGCAGACAGGUGCACUUGUACUGAAUGGGUGCCAGCGUGUGCAAAUGUAACCAUUGGACCACACGGAUGAACUUGCAACCUGACAUUCUGUUUUCUUUUUGCAAUCCUUAAAUACGUAUGCAGGAGAGGCUGGCAUCAUGUGUGAUUCCCGCUACUCCCUCUGUCUAAGGCAAGCAAUACAUAGCAAGAGUCUCCAGGUUUCAAUUAAACAAACUAGCAAACAAGAUAGAAACAAAACACAGCGAAUAUUCGCCGGCUCUAACAAGCUCACAAAAAAAAACGAGAUGAUAGGUUGAAACGCACUAAGAUGCAGUUCACAUACAGUUCAAAUUGGCUGGUUUUUGUGACGGUAAAGACUUCAGCAUCUGAGACGUUAACAAAAAAAAUUGAGUCCCUUUAGAUAACGCCAAAGAGAGCACAUGCGGAAGUCUGUGCUCUCUCGAGGCACUAUUAAAUUCCUGUAAAUUCCUGACUUUUGGUACUCUUCAUGUUCCCGCUACCGACGCCGAAUGCCCUUUUAUUUUUUUACUCAUGAACCAUAUAAUCACGAGAAAUUUGAGCUAUUGUUGGUAAGAAAUUCUUUGUCGAGCACUUGUUUCGGAGGGCAGGGACUUGACGGUUCGUUGUAGACCUUCAGAACUGCUCACAUUUGCACAGUUUUUCAGCCCCUCUUCGUAUGGGUAACUCUCAGGCGUUCAGCUUCUGACAGAGGAGAAUGCCGCUGGAUAUGCAGCAUUUAGUAUGGAUAUUGAGUAUCUUUAUUACUUCCUGCCGCAUCAAGGGUUGUUAAAAUGUGUUAACGCUUUAAAAUGGUUGCUAAAAGACUGUAUUGAUGAGCAAGUUCGGGAAACGGUUUUCACUGAGAAUCCUGACAAAAUUUGGAGGCACAAUGAAACGAGGACAAUAAAGGACAGGACUUGUUGUCCUCGUUUCUUUUUGCCUUCAAAUUUUGUCAGAACAUGCACAAACUAGCCCAAGAAUGCGUUUUAGUUAUUCAGUGACAAUUGUGGGGCUUCCACGGGGGCUUUCCUGGAUAUCCUUUCCAUGUAUUUAAUGUCGACAGUGGUUGGAUAGAGAGGAGACGUCUUUGUGCAGAAAUGGGGAUUUUAAUUGGUUCCAAGGUUACAUCAAUUCUUACCUAUCUAUACCAUGGUCUCAAGCUCACCUCAACUAGCGGGCCGCAGUCACGAAAAUUAGUCUCCCUCAAGGGCCGGGACAUGAACAAUCUUGGGAGUGAAAAGGGGAGGGACAGUAUGUCAGCUAACAUUGCCAUUUGAAAGAAGGUCUUUCCUUUGUCUCAUGUAUGGGUCAUUUAUGACCCAUAUAUGACGUCAGGAUUUGACGUCAGGAUUCGAAAAACAGCGAUGCCGAUUUCCAGAAUGACUGAAAUCUGAAUCAGGACGCCGGUUUUAAAAUAUACAGUUUUUUGCUCCACGGUUAUGUUUUCACCCAUCAUGACCGCAUCGGGUGCGUAACGAAAAAUAU